AUGGCUGCAAUCCGACUUCGCAAGGCGUUCCACUAUCCCGAGGAAUCCGAUGGAGACUCGGGUCGAGAGGAACUCGACGAACAGGAGCAGGAACAGAUCAUCCUGCAGCUGCAGCAUCAGAAUGAUGCUCGCAAUGCCCAAUACAAUGUAAUUUUUACUAUCCUGCCACUGGCCUCAACCCUUGCGUUUGGGCCGUCUUUAUUUUCAGCUUCAAGUGUCGUCCAGCAGGCGUGGUCGCUUCUGAGUGUAGUCUCCUUGUUCGGCACUGCGUGUUUCAUGCGAUACUCUCCUCUUUAUCCAGAUCGCAAGGGGAAAAAACCAGUUUCCGCACAUGAUGAGUUGAGAGUUCAUGCUCAAGCCGCAGUCAUUCCCGUAAACAGUGCCGUAUGUGGAGUAUUAGCGUUCUAUUGCUUCAUGGCUACCGAGAGGGAGAUAUUGUACUUGGUACCUGGAGCAAUGUUUGCGGCUGUUCUCCUUGCGCGACGGGUUAUGCUUUCUGUGGACCUCUCGGCGCUCAAGGAUCUUCAGUACGACUACAAGGGCGCCUAG